CUGGGGGGGACCCUGGGGGGCCCCCUGGGGCCCGGGGGGCCCCUGGGGGGCCCCCAGGGGGGCCCCCUGGGGGCCGGGGGGCCCCUGGGGGGCCCCGGGGGGGCCCCCGGGGACAGGUCUCGGGAGAAAAGUGGGGACAAAGGAGACAGGUUUGGAGAGCGGAUUGGAGAGAGGUUUGGAGACCGAGUUGGAGACAGAUUUGGAGACAGAGGGGAGCGAUUAAAUGUGAUCAAAGUUUGCGAUUUUGGCAGUGCUGCGGACUUCGCCGAAAACGCGCCAACGGCUUAUUUGGUCUCCCGCUUCUACAGGGCCCCCGAGAUCAUUGUGGGCGCCAAGUAUGGGCCCCAAAUCGACGUCUGGGCGGCCGCUGCGACCCUCUUCGAACUCGCCACCGGACAAGUCCUUUUUCAGUCUCUUUUGAGUCUCUUCAUUUGGGUCUCUUUUGGGUCUUCUUUGAGUCGCUUUUGGGUCUCUUUUGGGUCUCUUUUGGGUCUUCUUCGCGUCUCUUUUGGGUCUCUUUUCCCUCUCUUUUGA